AUGUCAACGUUAUUAUCGAAUCGUACAAUAACCACAUCUAAAAGCAUUCAAAUCAUCUCCAACAAAUCAUCAAAUUUAUUUGUCAAUUUAUUGGAAUCAAGAAUUUUUAUUAGAACAGCUAAAUAUAGAAAAGUAACAAUAGAACUAUUAACCCCCGUUAUAAAUCUUGGCGAGAAAGGAUAUAUGAGAAACGAUUUGUAUCCUAGUCGUAAAGCAAAUUAUUAUAUACCAACAGCGGGAAAGUACAAUUCACUUCAAUCAAAGGGUCCUUCACAAAUACAUCAAAUAGCCAAGGGGGGACAGAUCACAUUGGCGAUACUUGGAAGAUCAUAUGCUGUACAUGAUAUUGAAUUUCAUGAAAAUAAUUCUGGUGAAAUUCAUCGGACCGGAGAUUUUAAAUGUUUAUUCCAUUUCAGCGAAAUUCAACGUAAAGUUCCCGUAAAAAUUGUUGUAAAACCAUCAGUUGGAUUUCAAGGAACAAAGAAUCUAUCAACAGAUGAAUAG